GAGCAAAGAUACUCUGGCAGGGAGUUUCCGGUGCGGGGCGGAAGUCGGCGAGAGGAGCCGGAGCCGGAGCCGGAGGCUGAAGCUGAAGAGUGGGAGCGACGCAAGCCAUGGAGGAGGUUCAGCGGCGGCAUCCGCGCCGAUCUCUGAAGAAACUUAGUGAGGACAGUUUGACGAAACAGCCGGAAGAAGUCUUUGACGUGUUAGAGAAACUUGGCGAAGGGUCCUAUGGCAGUGUGUUCAAAGCUAUUCAUAAAGAAUCCGGCCAAGUGGUGGCUAUCAAACAGGUCCCAGUGGAAUCUGACCUGCAGGAGAUUAUCAAAGAAAUCUCGAUUAUGCAGCAAUGCGACAGUCCUCAUGUGGUUAAGUACUAUGGAAGCUAUUUUAAGAAUACAGACCUGUGGAUAGUCAUGGAAUACUGUGGCGCUGGCUCGGUGUCAGACCUUAUUCGAAUAAGGAAUAAAACGCUAACAGAGGACGAGAUUGCCACAAUCUUCCAAUCCACGCUAAAAGGACUGGAAUAUCUGCACUUCAUGAGAAAAAUCCACAGGGAUAUCAAAGCUGGAAACAUCUUGCUUAACAAUGAAGGGCAUGCAAAACUGGCAGACUUUGGAGUUGCGGGUCAGCUUACUGAUACAAUGGCCAAGAGAAACACGGUGAUUGGAACGCCAUUCUGGAUGGCUCCUGAAGUGAUCCAAGAAAUCGGUUACAAUUGCGUGGCAGAUAUCUGGUCCUUGGGGAUUUCGGCGAUCGAGAUGGCAGAAGGAAAGCCACCUUAUGCGGACAUUCAUCCCAUGAGGGCUAUUUUCAUGAUUCCCACAAAUCCACCACCAACAUUCCGGAAACCAGAACUCUGGUCGGAUGAAUUUACAGAUUUUGUAAAGCAAUGUUUAGUUAAAAACCCAGAGCAAAGAGCUGCUGCAACACAGCUUCUACAGCAUCCCUUCAUUAAAAGUGCCAAACCUGUGUCGAUCUUGCGGGACCUGAUCAACGAUAUGAUGGAAAUAAAAUUAAAGCGGCAAGAGGAACAACAACGAGACUUGGAUCAGGAUGACGAGGAGAACUCGGAGGAAGAUGACAGUGACUCUGGCACCAUGGUAAGAGCGAGUGCAGAUGACACGGGGACCAUGAGAGCAGCCAGCACGAUGAGUGAGGGCGCGCGGACGAUGAUCGAGCACGACAGCGCUACGCUGGACUCGCAGAUGGGGACCAUGGUGAUCAACAGCGGGGAUGAUGAGGCGGAUGGAACAAUGAAAAAGAAAGAAGAUACGUUACAGCAAAGCAAGCCCUCCUUCCUGGAGUACUUUGAGCAGAAGGAAAAAGAGAAUCAGGCGAAUAGCCACAGUAAUCGGAAUGCGCAAGCACUUCAGGGCUCCUCCGAUAUCUGGAAGGUGCCACAGGACGGCGACUUUGAAUUUUUAAAGAGUUGGAGCGUUGAAGAACUGCAGCGGAGGCUUGCCUCGCUGGACCCCACGAUGGAGCAGGAGAUCGAAGAGAUUCGCCAGCGCUACCAGGCCAAGAGGCAGCCCAUCCUCGACGCCAUCGAUGCCAAGAAACGGCGGCAGCAGAACUUCUGAGACCCUGCCGGGAGUCCUCACCAUUAGGGUGGUGCGCUGAGCUCAGAGUUACACUCACUCGGGGCUCUGCGGAGAAACAUUGUUUCCAAAGCACAUGUACACUCAUGCGUACGCACAUACAUGCACACACAUACCACUGACUCUCACGCACAUACUACGGAUUCACCACAACUUUCACUUUAAUGGCACAAACACAUUCUUAUGCGGAGUAACAUCAUGUUCCAAUGCACACAGAGACACAAAACUCAUUUCCACACACACAUCUGCACACCUACAGACAAAGACAGGACACACAUACUCAAACAAACACCGACUCUCAUACAAACACGCAUACAACAAAAGAAAUGCUUUCUUGUCGUGGACUAAUAGGCAAGUUGCCCCUCUAUCUCAGGAGUCUUGCUUUUGGUUAUGUGGCUGAUACAAGCCACCACCAGGAUGAACAUUGUUUUUAUUUUAUUUUUUAAAAAACUAUUUUUCUAAAAUAUGUUUUUCCAGAAGCCAUCAUCACUCUGAGAGAAAACCUUAAGCUAUAUAUUUUAAACAGAUUAGAGGAGGCUCCCAGAUUAACACUUUGCAAUAAAACUACUGUAUAUCCGAGCUUUGGGAUGAACCCCAGUCUCCACUUUUCCCUACCCAACCACUAAAGCCGAGGGUUCAACAGCAGGUGGGACAACUGUAUCCAAGAUGUGAAAUGGAAUCAAACAUUAGGAAAUCUUGGAUUAAUCUACUGAGAAACAUACUGCGUCUCCUCAACGUGCACAGUAGUGUAGCUGGUAGACCUGUCGCCUCACAGCGCCACACUCCCAGGUUCAACCGUGAUCUUCGGUGCUGUCUGUGUGGAGUUUCCAUGUUCUCUCUGUGACCACAUGGAUUUUCUCUUGUCCUAGAGACCCGAUUUCAAUACUGACCUCGAGUGCUGCCUGUGUAGAGAUUGCACAUUCUCUCUGUGACUGUGUGGGUUUCCUCCGGGUGUUCCGGUUUCCUCCCACAUCACAAAGACUUGCAAGUUUGUAGGUUAAUUGGUCUCUUCAAAUUGCCCCUAGUGUGCAGAGAUAACAUAGAACUAGUGUGAUUGUUGGUCGGUGUGGACUUGGUGGGCCAAGCUCCUGUUUCCACAAUGUUUCUCUAAACUAAACUAAAUGGUGUUUACAUAGCCCCAUUUGUUCCCAGCAAAUAUCCACAAGAUUCAGUGAAAUAAAGUUAAUGCGAUCUGUUUUUAGAGAGGUUGAUUUAGAAACAAAUGUUGCCCAGGGUACCAGAGGAAAUUUCUUCAUUUCUUUGAGAUGCUUUUCUUUGGAUCUUUUACCUUUAGCUGACAGAACAGAUUGGGCCUCAGUUUAAUGUUUCUGAUAGUGUGGCAUUCUGUCAUGCUGCACAGGAGGCUUCACCAUAAGUAUUAUAUUUACUUUCUGUAUUGAGACUGGAACUCAAGACCAUCUCGCUGGGAGAUGACAUCUUUACAAAGAAGUAUCUGAAGGUGCAGCGCACUUAUCAUGUCAAACCUUUUCAGGACCAAGUAUCACUUGCAGCUUAUAAAAUGCUCACAUUCCUCAGCAGUUGGAGGAAUUCUAGUUCCUCAGGCAGUUUUUGUCAACAGUGUUGGCCACAGCCGUAUCAUUCCUCACAGGAAUAUAGGCACAAAGUGCUGCAGUAACUCAGCGGGUCAGGCAGCAUCUCUGGAGAAAAUGGAUGGGUAACGUUUCAGGUCGGGACCGUUCCUUAGACUGCGUCAGGUCGGGACCCUUCUUCAGACUGGCUGAAGAAGGAUCCCUCCUUUUUCUCUAGAGAUGCUGCCUGACCCGCUGAAUUACUCCAGCACAUCAUUCCUCACACAGCACUGCUGUGAUAACAGCAUCACCCACUGGAUCUCCACAAUAUCUUCUUCUGUAGUGCAGUCUUGUAUUGCAUUAAUCCGCUCUAUAAUUCCUCACACAGACUGUUUUAUAUACAAAAUUGUUAAACUACAUAGUAUUUUGGAAGUUAUGGCCUACAUUUUUACAUGGAGCCCACCAAUAGAAAGCAUUCCUUCAUGAACUGUGCAGCUGACUGUGCAACUUUUAUAAGCAAAUUUUAUUCUUAUCUUAGUGUCAGCAUCCAUGAUUACCUUAAGUGCUAACUUUCCAUUGCCAACUAUAUUAUCAAAGUGAAACCUGCCCAGUCAAUAAGCUUUCAACAUUGAUAGAGGAAAACAAUGAAUUACUUGACUGUUUCUUUUCUCUUUUUGACCAGCAACACUUGUGAACUAAUACAUUUUGUCAAGCUCCAUUUACUUUACAAUCUGACUGCGUUCUCGUUGGGUUGGGAUCUGCUGAAUGUCAAUAAAAUGGGCUUUAUUCUCUGCUUCAGACUCUGAGAACGCCUGAGGAAAGGUCCCAUCACAAAACUUCAUCCAUCCUUUUUUUCCAGGGAUGCUACCUGACCUGCUGAGUUACUCCAGCGCACUGUGUCUAUCUUUGUAGCUCCUUGUUUCUUUAUUUCAUUUCUCAGUGAUCCAUUGAGAUCGCCUUUAGGUCAACUUUGGUGUUAUGAACUGAUUGCCAGUUGAAUAGCUUGUUGGGAAGAGUGUUCUGUAUUUCUACUUUGUUUUCAGUGAAGAAGUGUUAAUUUCUUUAUUUUCUAUAGAUAGGAAAAUCUCCAAUGUUGUUGCUUGUUGUU